UUGGCUUUCCCUUUGUAUUUUUGAGCCUUCUUACCCUGAGGAUCUUUAUGGUGGCCUUGUUUGAUUUAGCCUGUUUUUGAAUUUGCCUUCUAAAUGGAGACAGGCCAUGGGCUAAAGAGAACAAUUUGGUGCUAAACUGAAAGAUAGAUUAGCCCAAAGGCUAGAUUUAUAAGGGGAAAUUUAGGGGCAAGGGAGUUGAUUAUUGAUUAAUACUGAUUGCUGUACAUAUAUUUAUGCACAUAGAUUCCCGGGUCUCAAAUUGCCCAAUAGAAUAUACCAUUCAAAGCCUCCUCGCUCUUCUACUAUAGUGGUUUUGUUUUUAAACCUUGAGUGACGCUUCACCUUUCUAAAUCAGAUUCCCUUUUGUAAAGGGGAUAAUGAUUGCUGAUGUUACUUCACACAGGGCUAUUUUCAAGAGGAAUCAACUGGGUAGCAUGAGUACUAUUCCAGAUCUUAUUUUGAUCUGUCAAGCUGAAGAUGUGAGCAAAUUCCAAUUAAGAUUAGACCAAAGACUUCUGAGACUUUCAGGAAUUCAGGGAUGAGAAAGCAGAGUGGGUCAGCUCUGUUGUCUGGAACUUCCGUUUAACUUAGAUGCCUCAGGACAAGGGUUACUCAGCUGGAAUCCCCUCCACUACUGACUCACUAUGUGAACCUGAGUGAGUCACAAAACAUAGUUGGACUUCCAGCAAAGAACACCUGACCUGGUUUCCUUACCAGAGGAAUGUUUCAAAAAGUGAGUAUGCUAUAGAAAUGGUUAGCUCUUAGCAGUGUUCGGAAUUGUGGGCCAGGAGUGGUGGCUCACACCUGUAAUCCCAGCACUUUGGGAGACCAAGGUGGGAGGAUCGUUUGAGGCCAGGAGUUCAAGACCACCCCAGGCUACAUGACAAGACUCUGUCUCUAAAAAAAAUAAAAUUAGUUGGGCAUGGUGGUGUGUGUGCAUAGUCCCAGCUACUCAAGAGGCCUAAGCAAGAGGAUUGCUUGAGCCUAGGAGCUGAAGGCUGCAGCGAGCCAUGAUUGUGCCACUGCACUCCAGCCUGGGCAACAGAGCAAGAAAAAAAAGGUUCUCAAUCAAAGGUUUAUCAUAGAAGCCAUGUUGUGCAUAAAAGAGAAUAUCAACUUCCAGUUCAAGAUAAGGGUGAUGAACAAUCUCUUCUUUUUUUUUUUUUUUUUUUUGAGACAGAGUCUCGGUCUGUCCCCCAGACUGGAGUGCAGUGGGGCACGAUCUGCAAGCUCCACCUCCCGGGUUCAUGCCAUUCUCCUUCCUCAGCCUCCCAAGUAGUUAGGACCACAGGCACCCGCCACCAUGCCCAACUAAUUUUUUUUUUGUAUUUUCAGUUGAGACGGGGUUUCACCGUGUUAGCCAGGAUGGUCUCGAUCUCCUGACCUCGUGAUAAGCCUGCCUCGGCCUCCCAAAGUGCUGGGAUUACAGACGUGAGCCACCGCGCCCGGCCUGAACAAUCUUCCACAUCCCAAAAUCCCGUUGAAAUAGUAAAAAAUGUUUUAAUUUCAAAAAAAAUUCUCAAAAACAUAAAACAGGAACCAGUUACCUCAACAUUCGAUAGAUCUGUGGAAUCUACAACAUUCAAAUAACUGAUUUUCUCAACAGAACCCAAAGUUAACAGAGGUCUGGAGAAUUAAAUAUUGGAAUAAUUAAGCAAAGGCCUGCAGAGUAUCUGCUCUUUUUAGAUGUUUCAUCUUUAGCUCAGUUUUGUUAAUUUGUAUUUCCAGAAAAUUGUUCCAGAUUUUUUGUUAUUCAAAUAACCAGUCCUUAGACGUAUUAAUCAAUUUUACUGGAGUUCUGUAUAAUCUUAAUUUCUGCUUUAAAUGUUCAUUUCUUAGGCUUUCCUAAGGAUUUGUUAAACCUUGUAUUGGUUGGGCACGAUGGCUCACGCCUGUAAUCCCAGCACCUCGGGAGGCUGAGGAGGGAGAAUCCCUUGAGCCCAGGAGUUUAAGACCAGCCUAGGCAACAUAGGGAGACCUUGUCUCCUAAAAAAUGAACAAAAAUUAGCUGGGUGGUGUGCACCUUUAGUUCCAGCUAUUCAGGAGGCUGAGGUGGCAGGAUGGCUGUAGGGUAUUUUGGUAGUUGUUCUUUAACAAGUUAAGGACAGUUCCCCUCUACUAGCUUGAAUAAGUGAAUGUUGGAUUUCUGAGGCUUCAGUUUGAAAUGAUGUGAAACGCUUGUGUGUUAGGAAGGUGGUUGGAGAUAAGCAGAGUACCUGGGAGAGGGGACGGGUGGAGAAAGUGCAGGGAAUCACUGGCAUAUCCACGAUGCCCAAAGUCAUGGCUAUGGAUGUGAUUGCCAGGGAAGUAUGUGCUGCUGUUGGUCAGGCAACUGGUCAGCUUGAACAAAAAUAAUCAAAACUCUGUGCAUGAUAAAUACCUGUGACCUGAGGAUAGCCUGGCUACCUUACUGGGACCACAGUGUAAAUAUUGUUGAUGACCUGUGUACCUGAGGCACCGUGCUAGACAGUGCCUUGCACUAUCAUGUUAUCUGAUUUAAAUCCUUGCAGUUUUCAAGAUGAGUACUGUUAAUCCCAUUACCAGAUUGAGAGAACAGAAACCCGGAGAGUUUAAGUAUCUUACCCAAGUGAGAGCGCUCAUAAGACAGGGCCGAAAGUGACUGAAUGCUUGCCCUCCUCUCCCACACUGCCCACAGUGUUUGGGCAAGGUGAAAAAACAGGCUCAGAUGGGAAUGACUGCAGGGAGUCUGAGGAGAGGAUGUGGGCUCCAUCUUCUGCUCCACUGGGUCAUCUGGAGUGGCCUGAGGCUCAGCACUACUCCCACCAGGAGGGAAGGGCUCGCUUGACCCAAAGUGCCUAGCCUGGAGUGUCUAGUCCCGCACUGCAAGGAGAGCUGCAGGUCUAAGGCGAACCUCCACCUCCAGAAUUCAGGCAAUGGUGGCUAAGAUGAGAGGACAGUUAUCCAUCCACUGACCCUGGCCCCUCACACUCUUAAGCCCUGGUUUUCCACAUACCCUGACCCAGCAUACCUGUACUCUCCAACACCCGAGGAUGGGCCUGAGCUGAGUCUGUGUGCUGCUUUACAGAGUUUGAAUAAUUCAAGCCCCAGAGGCCCGAGGUAUCAGUUUCCGUUGCUCUGUUGUCAUAGGCACGGUGUAAUUAAGCUAAUGAAAGGGCAAAGAGGGAGGGGCUGCGGUCCUGUGCCUCGGACGACUCUGGGCUGAUCAAGGGAGGAGUCCCUGGUCCCUGUUCUGCUGAGAGAGCAGCAGGCCCAUCUAGAGUCCAGGUGUGGGGAAUGGAAGAAGGAAGGAAUGAGGGAUGAAACAGAAGUAGGAGAAAGGGAGAGAGAGUGGAAAGAGGCGGGCAGGGGACGAUCAGAGUCAGGGAGGCAGAGAGACCCAAGAAAGUUACAGACGGAAAGAGAAGGAAGCAGAAACAGAGUGAAAGGCAAAGCAGGUGGGGAGCAUAGGAAAGGGCAGAGGCAGAGGCCAGAAGAGGCAAGGACCAGCAGAGAAGAAGAAAGACCAAGUACUAAAAUCCAGGGGCAGGCACAAAUUGGAGGGUCAGAAGACUGGAGGGGCUGCAGGGCUCCCUGGAGGGUGGCUGGACCCACCAGAGAUCUGUCUUACUUCUGACUUCUAGGUACUGUCCACACCAUCCUUGCCAGCUGGGCCUAAUUUUGCCCUAGGUCUGGCCAGGAGGCCUCACAUCCAGAGACCUGCCCCCACUCUUGCAGUGCCAGGGCCAUGGGGCUCCGGAGCCACCACCUCAGCCUGGGCCUUCUGCUUCUGUUUCUACUCCCUGCAGAGUGCCUGGGAGCUGAGGGCCGGCUGGCUCUCAAGCUGUUCCGUGACCUCUUUGCCAACUACACAAGUGCCCUGAGACCUGUGGCAGACACAGACCAGACUCUGAAUGUGACCCUGGAGGUGACACUGUCCCAGAUCAUCGACAUGGAUGAACGGAACCAGGUGCUGACCCUGUAUCUGUGGAUACGGCAGGAGUGGACAGAUGCCUACCUACGAUGGGACCCCAAUGCCUAUGGUGGCCUGGAUGCCAUCCGCAUCCCCAGCAGUCUUGUGUGGCGGCCAGACAUCGUACUCUAUAACAAAGCCGACGCGCAGCCUCCAGGUUCCGCCAGCACCAACGUGGUCCUGCGCCACGAUGGCGCCGUGCGCUGGGACGCGCCGGCCAUCACGCGCAGCUCGUGCCACGUGGAUGUAGCAGCCUUCCCGUUCGACGCCCAGCACUGCGGCCUGACGUUCGGCUCCUGGACUCACGGCGGGCACCAACUGGAUGUGCGGCCGCGCGGCGCUGCAGCCAGCCUGGCGGACUUCGUGGAGAACGUGGAGUGGCGCGUGCUGGGAAUGCCGGCGCGGCGGCGCGUGCUCACCUACGGCUGCUGCUCCGAGCCCUACCCCGACGUCACCUUCACGCUGCUGCUGCGCCGCCGUGCCGCCGCCUACGUGUGCAACCUGCUGCUGCCCUGCGUGCUCAUCUCGCUGCUUGCGCCGCUCGCCUUCCACCUGCCUGCCGACUCAGGCGAGAAGGUGUCGCUGGGCGUCACCGUGCUGCUGGCGCUCACCGUCUUCCAGUUGCUGCUGGCCGAGAGCAUGCCACCGGCCGAAAGCGUGCCGCUCAUCGGGAAGUACUACAUGGCCACUAUGACCAUGGUCACAUUCUCAACAGCACUCACCAUCCUUAUCAUGAACCUGCAUUACUGUGGUCCCAGUGCCCGCCCAGUGCCAGCCUGGGCUAGGGCCCUCCUGCUGGGACACCUGGCACGGGGUCUGUGCGUGCAGGAAAGAGGGGAGCCCUGUGGGCAGUCCAGGCCACCUGAGUUAUCUCCUAGCCCCCAGUCGCCUGAAGGAGGGGCUGGCCCCCCAGCGGGCCCUUGCCACGAGCCACGAUGUCUGUGCCGCCAGGAAGCCCUACUGCACCACGUAGCCACCAUUGCCAAUACCUUCCGCAGCCACCGAGCUGCCCAGCGCUGCCAUGAGGACUGGAAGCGCCUGGCCCGUGUGAUGGACCGCUUCUUCCUGGGCAUCUUCUUCUCCAUGGCCCUGGUCAUGAGCCUCCUGGUGCUGGUGCAGGCCCUGUGAGGGCUGGGACUAAGUCACAGGGAUCUGCUGCAGCCACAGCUCCUCCAGAAAGGGACAGCCACGGCCAAGUGGUUGCUGGUCUUUGGGCCAGCCAGUCUCUUCCCCACUGCUCCUAAGAUCCUGGGACACUUGACUUCACAAUCCACAAGGAAGCACUCAUUGUCUACACACCCUAACUAAAGGAAGUCCAGAGCCUGCCACUCCCCUAAUUCCAAAAAAAAUGAGGAACUCUACAAAGGCCAAGAUCUGUCUUGGAGGGACAGAAUUGUUUGUGCUGGGUAUUAGAGCUCUCAGUGGGGAGCACAUGGGUUAUAGUGAGAAACUGAACUGAACUGCUGCAUUUCCUGUCUUCCUUCCUAGGUGGCUGCUUUGCAGGGCUUUGGCUCUUACCUUUCCCUGCUGAGGGGCUCAGGGAAAAGGGUCGGGGAUUCUCAGUCGAGUUUCCAGAGCAGGAGGCCCUACAGACAUUUGGCCCCAAAUCCCUGACUCAAUAAAGUAAGCGUGUACCUAGCCCUCCUC